CCCAGGCGGCCGCCGGAGGCAGCUUUUCGGUCGGCUUCCUGUAGUUUAUAGAGUCGGAUUUUCUUGCCACUUGUGACGAGUCAGCGGCGGCGCCCACCGCUCGGCGCCUGCGUGGACUGCGGCUGUCCAUCACGAUGACAGCGACCGCCGCGAGCCCUGGAUCUUGGAGUGAAAAUAUACUAGAAUAUUUUAUGAGAAAUAACCAGAUCACAGCAGAAGAUGGCGCCCAGAUCAUCUGGUAUCAUGCAGCUAACCACAAGGUACAAGUGAAUGAGGCACUGAAAAGUACUGCUCAUAUGAUAGAGGCUGAUAUCAUUCUUCCAAGUGAUGGAUCAGAACAUGGCCAGCCAAUCAUGGCCCAUCCUCCUGAAACAAACAGCGAUAAUACUUUACAGGAAUGGCUGGCUGAAGUUAUAAAAAGCAAUAAAGGCAUCAAGCUGGAUUUCAAGAGUCUAGCAGCUGUAGAACCAUCCAUGAUGCUCUUGGAAAAUGUGAAGAGGCAUCUGAAGCGUCCUGUGUGGAUUAAUGCAGAUAUUCUUCCUGGUCCAAAUGGUAAUAGCAGAGUAGUGGAUGCAAAACCUUUUAUAGACACUGUGACAUCCUUCUUUCCAGAUGUGACAUUUUCCCUGGGUUGGACAACAGGUUGGCAUCCUGAAAAAGUCAAUGAAGGUACAGCCUGACUGUGUGGACUGGAAAAGAUGAUAACUAUUCCACUGAAGAUUUACUUUUUAUUAGAGACCAUUUUGACAAGAAACAAGUUUUCUAUGAUAUCUUGGAGCCACAAAACCAUGAAUUUAAACAAGCCAUUGGAAUCAAAAUUAAUCUCUAAGAUGAAAAUUAUUCUAAACUAUUUCAUGUUUUGGUUUCACAAUCCUUCUUUGCUUUGGUCUGAAUUAAUUAACAUAUAAAUUGUGGUGACUGAUUUAUGUUCCAGUUCAUCCAAUCAAAGAACAUUUAUCAGGUGCUUACUCUAUUUGGCGUACUGUACAAAAGAUUUGGAAAGAAGAGAUUUCAGUGGGCCUAGUCUAAUAAUAACUUAUGAAAAUGAUGCUUUAAGUCUUUUUAUAAAAAUAAUUGUGAUAUACUGCAAUUGAAAUACUCCAUGUGUCAGACAAGAAUUAAGUCACAUCUUGUUGGCAUCAGCAUUACAGAUAUUUCACAAAAAUGCAGCAUCCUCUUCCCUUUUUCCUUGGAGAAUAGGUUAUUUCAGAGACUACAAAAGAGUAAGUAAAAAGGCUUUUACAGUUUUUUUAACUUUCACAUGGGUGAGCUGCUUUCUUGUAAGAAAAUCAAAUCCAUAUAUAGAUUAAAUUAGAUGGAUCUAGAAUUUCUAUAUUGUUGGGAGUGUGCUGGCAGCUAUAUAUGUUUUUAUAUUCCUUGUUUUGAUCAUAGUAUCUUAUCUAGAAUGAACAAGCUGUUGGAGAGCAGAAAUUUUAAUCCUGGUAAUAUUUGAUUUUCAAGUUUCUCACCAACUCUACCUUGGUUCAGGCCCUUGUUCUACUACUAGAAUUUCAAAAAAUAGUUCUUCAUGACUUUAUUUCUCACACUCAAAGAUGCCGUGAGUACUUCUGCUGAAAAAUAACCUUUGUAAACAAAAAGUUCUUUCUUUAUGCCACAUAAAAAGAUCUCCCGGGGCUUGAGUUCAGGUUUAUUGAGUUUUACUCUUUCAAGGCCCUUUGUAAUGUACUCCCACUCUAACAGUCAACGCAGUGUCCUCAACACAGUCCUUCAUUUCGAAAAUGCCUACACCAUCAGUGGUCUCCAGAUACUACUUUAACAGUUAAUUUUAAGUAAUAUUAUUUACUAAUUGUGUCAUACGUGUUAGCUAUAUCUCCUCAACUGGAUUCUAAAGUUCUUCCUUCAUGGUAAGGGAACAUUGUAAACUGUCUUUUACAGUGCCUGGCACAGUCCUAAGCAAGGUAUUCAGAAAAACAUUUUGCUUCUUUGAUUUACUGAAAAGUAAUUUACCAACGGAUGUCCUAAGAUAUGUAAUUUACACUAACUGUUUUCUCCCGGAGAAUGAAGUAGUGCUAUGUAGAGAAAAGAGCUUGGGUUUUGAAUUCAGACAGACUUCCCUUACAGCCCCACCUUUGUUCCUUACUAGCCAUAGAUUUGGGGAAUUAUUUAACCUCACUGAGUCUUGAUUUCUUUAAUAAAAAGGGGAGGGGGAAAUGAGGACUCUCUUGUAGGACUGGUGUGAAAAUUAAGGGAGACUCAUGCAGUGGAAGCAUGUAGCUCAGUGCUCAUCACAUAGCAAGUGCUCAACAGAUAGUUCCCUUCUUUUAGACUUAUCAUGUGAUCAUAUCCAUGGUGGAUAGAUAGCAGUAAGAGAUGUAACUUGAAACUCUGUAGACAUAUAAAUACUUAAGGAAAAUAAUUGUACUUCCACUUUAAAUUUUAGCUACAACUGAAUACAAUACUAUUUGUCAAAUAACACAUAAAACUUAAGUUCAGUGGUUGUCUUAAAGAAAAGUACUUGUGGUAAACUGAACUAUCCAUUUUUUCAUGGAAAAAAUAUUUACUUGGAAGAAUAACUGACAGACCAGUUACUUAGUCUUGGGUAUCUGGCAUGUAUUUUCUCAAAAAUGAACAAAAGCAAGCUUGUCACUUCAAGGAAUACAGUUAACAGUAUUUGUUGCCAAUGAUGAAACCUGAGCUUUUACAUGAAAAGUCAGAAUUUGACUUAACUCGAACUCAUCCAACUGUAAGCUUGACCAUUCCCAAUACUUAAAGACUUACCUGAUAUCAGAGGUAAUAUUUUAAAAAAUGUUUUUUUAUGUUAUAUAAUGAAACAUGUCAACACUUGGAAGAUCUACAUAACUCAGGGAAUCAGUAUUUUCCAAAUGUCUUAUGCAUGGUAUUAUAAAAUCUUGCAUUCAAAGUGUAAGACAGAGCAAUGAGAUUUAGUGUAAUAGAAUAUCGAAGUUCCUUGAUGUGGUCUCAGAUUCUACAUUACAACUAACCAUUUAAGAAACUACCACUUGCCAAAUUUGACUAUCGUAUCAAGGAAGACUGUCCACAAUUAUCUGAAAAGCCUAUUAAAUUAUUUCUUCCUUUUCCAACUACAUAUCUGUGUGAAGCCAUAUUUUCUUUAUAUACUUCAACUAAAACAACGUAUCACAGCAGAUUGAAGCAGAAACAUAGAAGAGAAUACAGCUGUUUGCUACUAAGCCAAACAUGAAAAGAUCUGCAAAAACAAAAACAGUGCCACUCUUCUCAAUAUAUUUUUGGGAAAUAUUUAUGCUACUAUGUAAUGGGUUUGUCAUUUUAAAAGAAUAUUUUUUAAAUUUCCCAGUUUUAAUUUUUAAUGUAGUAAACAUUGAUACACAUAACCCAGUACAGAAGUGUAUUUAAGUUGUUUUUAAGUUAAAAGGGAUGUAUAAAAUGAAUGACCCAUUUGGAACUUUGUAGGGGAAAGAGAAUAAUUAUAGCCAUUGUCUUGCCAAUUUAUCAAAUAAUGUUUUCUAGCUUUUCAUAAUUCCUUAUCCUGAAUCCUAGGUGCCACAGCUGCCCUAUGAGUUAGAACUUUACGUGCAUGAGCCAUGCAGUCCUUUAAUAACUUAUUUCUGGACGAUGUUUUCCAUUUUGAUCAACUGAUACUGCUUUAAGUAGUCUUGGUCAGAAACAUUUUAGGUGCAGUAACAGAAUCCUACUCAAAUUAACGCAAAUAGAGGAGGCUAAAGGGGAAAUUGCCAUAAGGAGACAUAUCCAGAAAAUUUAGGGAAAAGCUGAACAUCUAGGCUGCAGUGUUAUCAUACCUUUAAGUUAAAUCAUACUUUUAGGUUAUAUAUAACUCCUGUUGCAAACAUCUUUGCCAUUGGGAUCUUAGUGAUAUAUUCCUCUUAAUGGAGUGAAGUUCCACAGGAUGGCUUUACUAACCAAACUCAAACAACCUCCACUGCUAAGAUGUUCUCAGGAUUGUUAGAAGACUAAACUCUUCCAAAUAUGGCCAACAAAGUUUUAAUCCUAUUAAAUAUUUUUUUUCAUGUUGGGAUAAGAAUAGCAACAAAAGUUAUCUUUCUCAGUUUGUGUCUUCUCAGAGUAACAUGUGGCACAAUUUCUCUUAAGGUUAUGUUGAAAUAUUUAUCAUUAGUAUUUGAGAGAAGUAAUUAUCAGUGAUAAUCAAAAUGACAUUUAAAUCUUUAUUGAUACCAUUUCAUUUAUGAACUGUCUAGCUACAUAUUCUUCCAAACUGUAUCCUUACAACUUAAAGCCAAGAACUUUCCUCAAUAUUAAAACUUGCAAAAAGGGUUUAACUUUUUAACAUCAGGUACAAUUCCAAGUUCUGAGUCAAAAAAUACUUCUAGUGCAAUUAGUAUUAGUGUUCUUUGAAACAUUAAAUGAAAAACUUCCAGGUUUUUUUUCCAAAUAAAAGCCACAAGAAAUUAAAUAAUUACUAUGUAAAUAACAACUUGCUUAUAUUAAGUUACAGAGAAAAGCAUCAUGCCAAUUGCUAGGAUCUCCUCUACUGAUAGAAGACAGAGAAAUAGUUGUGUAUGACAGUCAUCAAAUUAUACACUCAGGUUUUGUAUAGUUUGUAUGGUUUUCUAUAGUUUGAUUUAUCUUUAUUGUUAAACUGCUAGAUUGAAAUUAGGACUCUGUAUAAACACCAUAUUUUGAAAUCAUAUAGAUAAUAUAGUCAUUUUAUAAUACUUUUUGGUAAUGGCACGGUAUUCAUUUAUUUUGUUACAAGUUAUUCACAGGUCCUAAACACUAGAUGAUUGGAAUGUCACAUUAAGGUAGUCAUCCUUAUUACUCUAAUUAUACAAAUGUCUAAUAAUUAUAUAUCAGAAAUAAAAAGGUAUUGUGUAACACUGGCCAAAUAUUUAGUACAUUUUAUAAUUAAAUUUCUAUUGGCUUUCUUAAUUUUAGCUAACCUAAGAUAAUCUAAUAACCAGUUUUUCUUUUUACGACAAAGCAAGCAUUUAAUUUCUAUUUGUGAUUAAUC